AUGACCACUCCUGAAGGCGAGCAGAUUGAUCGGAUCCCAGCAUGGAUAAAGAGAGUUACUCAGGAUCUCAAGGUCUCCCCUGUUUACGAUGCGGUAUUCUGGAAUCCUCCCAAAAAUGAGCAAUACCAUUUCAAACAUUCGCGGCCUAUCAAACCAGAAAGCCUUCGAAUUUAUGAGGCUCACGUUGGUAUAUCUUCACCAGAAACCACUGUUGCAAGUUACAAAAACUUCACGGAGAAGAUGCUGCCGCGCAUUAAAUACCUUGGCUACAAUGCUAUCCAGCUGAUGGCCAUUAUGGAACACGCUUAUUAUGCAAGUUUCGGGUAUCAAGUCAACAACUUUUUUGCAGCGAGUAGUCGCUACGGCAGCCCUGAAGAUCUGAAAGAACUCAUAGAUACGGCGCAUAGUCUGGGCCUCGUCGUCCUCCUCGAUGUGGUACAUAGCCACGCGUCGAAAAAUGUGCUAGAUGGGUUGAACAUGUUCGAUGGGAGUGACCAUCUUUAUUUCCAUUCUGGGCCGAAAGGCAACCAUGAGCUUUGGGAUAGCCGCCUGUUCAAUUAUGGAAACCAUGAGGUUCUUCGCUUUCUUCUUAGCAACUUGCGUUUUUGGAUGGAAGAGUAUCAAUUUGAUGGCUUCCGCUUCGAUGGUGUCACAAGCAUGCUAUAUACCCAUCAUGGAAUUGGAACUGGCUUCUCGGGCGGCUAUCAUGAAUACUUCGGACCAUUCGUCGAUGACGGCGGUUUGACCUACCUCAUGCUUGCAAAUGAGAUGCUUCACCAAUUAUACCCUAAUUGCAUCACUGUAGCAGAGGAUGUAUCAGGGAUGCCGGCACUUUGCUUGCCGCUUGCGCUUGGGGGCGUGGGGUUUGAUUACCGGUUGGCCAUGGCUGUUCCCGACAUGUACAUCAAGCUCCUGAAGGAGAGAUCAGAUGAGGAGUGGAAUAUGGGCCACCUUGCUUUUACUCUAACAAACCGCCGUCAUGGCGAGAAGACAAUCGCAUACGCUGAGAGUCAUGAUCAAGCGUUGGUGGGAGAUAAAUCGCUGAUGAUGUGGCUCUGCGACAAGGAAAUGUAUACGAACAUGUCGAUUCUUUCAGAAUUCACGCCCAUUAUUGAGCGUGGUAUGAGUCUCCACAAAAUGAUCCGCCUAAUCACACAUGGUUUAGGAGGCGAAGGCUACCUUAAUUUUGAAGGAAACGAAUUUGGUCAUCCUGAAUGGCUUGAUUUUCCGCGCGCUGGUAACCAGAAUAGCUUUUGGUAUGCUCGGAGGCAAUUGAACCUUACCGAGGAUGGGCUGCUGCGCUACAAAUUUCUCAACGAGUUCGAUCGCAAGAUGCAACUAACCGAAGAGAAGUACGGGUGGCUCCAUUCACCGCAAGCUUAUGUUAGCCUCAAACAUGAGGAAGAUAAAGUCAUUGUAUUCGAACGGGCAGGGCUGCUCUGGGUCUUCAACUUCAAUCCCACCAAGAGUUUUGCGGAUUAUCGGGUCGGGAUAGAUAAGCCAGGUACCUAUAGAAUAGUACUCGACACGGACGAUAGCGAAUUCGGUGGGUUUAACCGCAACGCGAAGGAGACGAGAUUCUUCACCGCCGGCGAAGAAUGGAACGGCCGGAGCAAUUACAUCCAAGUGUAUAUCCCUUCUCGGACAGCAUUGGUAAGCCUUCCUGUGACUUACUCCUUCUUAGGUUUGAUCUGA